UAAACACCCGAAACCCUGACCCAAACCUCGCAUUCAGCGGCUUGGAUCUACCAGAGGAUUUAUCAAACCGUUGUUUUAUUUUUUUUUGGUUUUAAUCUCACCAACUCCAGGAUUUAUCCGUGAUGACAGCUAUGUGGGGAAUACAAGUGGCCUUGUGUACUUUCUCCAUGCUGUCCCUGUCGUCCGGAGGAGACGUUAAGCCGCGGAGCUGCGGGGAGGUGAGGCAGGCUUAUCACGCUCUGGAAUACAGCAUCGCCGAUGUGCCUCACCAGGAGAUAUCAGCUGACCCCCUGCGGAUAUGUGCGCCUCAGGGUACCACCUGUUGCACGGCAGAGAUGGAGGACAAGCUGGGCCUACUCAGUAGGCACACGUUUGAGGACCUGAUGGAGAGCAGCAGUCACAACAUGAGGACCUCCUUCUUCUCCAAGCACCGGAAGUUUGAUGAGUUUUUCCUGGAGCUUCUGAACAACACGGAGCGGUCGUUCAGCACCAUGUUCCAGCGCACCUAUGGCUUGUUCUACCGGAAGAACUCAGAGGUGUUCCAAGAGCUCUUCAGGGAGCUCAAACGCUACUACACGGGAGGCAACGUCAACAUGGACGAGAUGUUCAACGACUUCUGGGCACGGCUUCUGGAGCGCAUGUUCCAGAUGCUGCACUCCCAGUACCGCUUCAGUGAGGACUACCUGGAGUGUCUGAACAAGUACAGUGAGCAGCUCCGGCCCUUUGGGGACACGCCCAUGAAGCUGAAGCCCCGCGUCACCAAGGCCCUCAUCGCUGCGCGGACCUUCGUCCAGGGCCUCAUGGUGGGCCGUGAGGUGGCCAGCCGGGUGACCAAGGUGAACCUGCCUCCGGCGUGCAGCAGAGCGCUGACUAAGAUGCUGUUCUGCCCGUACUGCAGCGGGCUGCCGGGGCUGCGGCCCUGCAACAACUACUGCCUCAACGUGAUGCGCGGCUGCCUGGCCAACCAGGCCGACCUGGACACAGAGUGGAACCUCUUCCUGGAUGCCAUGCUGCUGGUGGCUGACAGGCUGGUUGGUCCGGAGAACAUCCAGCAGAUCCUGCAGCCCAUCGACAUAAAAAUCUCUGACGCCAUCAUGAACAUGCAAGAGAAAAACUUUGAACUCAGAAACAAGGUUUUCCAGCUCUGUGGUCAACCCAAUUUGGCCGCUGGCAGGGUACGAUCGUCGCGCAGUGUUUUUGACUCCAACCCUCGCUACAGACCUGCGGCCUCACGGGCCAGGCCCACCUCCGCAGCUGGGACCAGUCUGGAACACUUGAGGAUUGUGUGGAGGAACAUGCAACACAGCAUUAAGAACAUCAAGAAGAAACUAAGUGAGUCAAAGAGGUUCUGGUCCAAACUGCCAGAUGAGAUCUGCUCCGGUGGGAACCGGACCGAGCCGGACGAGGAGGGCUGCUGGAACAGUCAUGCCAGGGGCAGGUACUUCCCAGAGGUGGUGAGGGAGGGUCUGACAAACCAGCUGCACAACCCUGAGGUGGAGCUGGACAUCACCAGACCUAACUCCUUCAUCCGCCAGCAGAUCAUGGCCCUCCGCGUCAUGACAAACAAGCUGAAGAGUGCCUACAACGGCAACGACAUCUACUUCCAGGACUCAAGUGACGAGGGCAGCGGCUCCAGCAGUGGUAACGGCUGUGCGGCAGAUGGCUGCAUCCCGACCCCCACGGAGACCCUCCCCCCGGCGGGCUCUGAGGCGCCGGUCGUCCGGGCCGACCGCAGCGACGAGCGGGCAGCGGCGCCGGCGGGGCGCUCUGCGGCACACGGCCCCGCCCCCCUCCUGCUGCUCAUCACCACCGGACUCCCCCUCCUCGUCGCAUGCUCGCCCCCUGUCCCACGGUCGCUAUGGAGAUAGUACCAGCGGGUUACCAGCGACCGCCGCCAGACCAACUUGUGUGUACUCUUAAGACAGCUGUGUUUUUUCCCGAAUGCAAAGGUUCGGGGGCUUGGUGGGGUUCUGUCGUCGGACCUUUAGAACUUCCGGAACCACCAGGAACCGGCGUGAACCUCUAGGGAUCUAUAGAGAUCUCUAGGGACCACCAGGCACCAGAAACCUCUAAUAAUCUAUAGUAACCUAUAGGGACCUCGAAGAAUCUAUAGGAAACCAUAGGGAGCUCCAGGAACCUCUAGGAAGCUAUAGGAACCCAAAGCGACCUACAGGAACCUUGAAGGACCUCCAGCAACAUCUAGGACUCUAAAGGAACCUAAAGGGACCUCUAGGCAUCUAUAGGAUCCCUUAGUGACCUUCAGGAACCUCUAGGAAUCUAUAGGAAACUAUGGGGACCUCCAGGAACCUCUAGGGAUCUACGGAUUGGUCUAUGCGUCGCAGGGUAGCCCUCCUCUAUCUCCUUCAUCUCCCAAAGAACACUUGGCACCAGCGCCCAGGUCGGCGCUUCUAGAAGAGGGUUGAGUUCUCCGCAAUCUAGAAGUGCAAAUACAUCAACGGUCUUUAACGUGAAUGACAUUAUACUUUGGUUUGGUUUUUUCUUGACGUUUCCCUGUUUUGAAAAAAGAUGCUUGUCCCUCCGACAGAACAGAGUAUGUUUUUUACUGUGUGUGUGUGUGUGUGUGUGUGUGUGUGUGUGUGUGUGUGUGUGUGUGUGUUUGUGUGUGUGUGUGUGUGUGUGUGUGUGUGUGUGUGUGUGUGUGUGUGUGUGUGUGUGUGUGUGUGUGUGUGUGUGUGUGUGUGUGUGUGUGUGCGAGCACGCGUGUGGGUGUUUAUGUAUGUGUCUGUCGAUUGCGUGGUAGCAUGAUAAUAUUGGUUAUUUUUUGAGAAAAAUAUCCCAGCCGGUUAAAUGGUCUCCCUUGUGGCUGGAUUACUGCAAGCCUCUGUGUCCAUCUGACCCAGACAGAGGGAAUUCCUUGCGCUCUUCUGUAAUUGCACACUUGAUUUUAUUUUAUAUACUUUACAAAGAAAAGUCAUUUUGCGCUGAUUAUUUUUGCAGGGUCAAUCUUCUACAACAUAUAUUACCAUCUACCCCAUAGGAUAAAGAAUAAUUCAUAUUUGUUUAGUUUUUAAUUAAUUUACUGACCUUUUAAUUAAUUAAUGGCAGCCUUCACAAUUGUAUUUUACUUGACUCUCACUAUAUAUAUAUACAUUUUUUUUUUUUUUUUGUAUUUUUAUCUUUUGUCUAUUUUUGGUCCAAAACCCUAAUCCUAUGUAUUUCCAUCCUAAUAAUCAAUCAUAUUUUUUUUUCAAAAGAUCAAUGAGUUUAUAAAUGUUACUGCUUUGUUUUCUCUUGAUACAUUAUAUUUUACCAUGUCAUGAUGGACUAGAAUGUAUCUUCAGUCAGCUAUUUUAAUUAAUAGCAAAGAAAUGGACCAUGGUAUACACUCAAAUUGGUUUUCUACACUUCAAUUGGUUUCUUAGACAUAAAUUGGUUUUUCGCCAUCCAACUUGGCGAUGCAAUGCUAUGAUUUUUGAGAGUGAAUUUAUAAUUUACGAGAGAACGGGCAGGGACAUCAUUGGGAAGCAGUGACAACUCGAUUGGCAAGAACACUUUGCACUCAAAGAAAGUUGGCAAAAAGUGUUUCUGAAUAUUGGUAGAAUUAUAUCCAAAUCUUUGUCAAUGGAAUAAAGUAGAAAUAUGUAUGUUCCAUUUUGGCAAUAUUGAAUUCAUUGGAUAACAGUUAACAAAAUAAAAAAUGAUAUUUUAUUCAUUAAGUACAAUUACGGCAUGUUAAAAGGCAUUCAUCAAUUAAGUCCAAUCAAGCCAUGCAUCAAUUUGUGAAACUGUUGAACUCCAACAGUUAGGAAGUGAAAUGUUAGGAAGCUAUGUUCCUGUCUGUGGCAAGCAGGAAGAGUCUCUCUCUCUCUUGUUCCAGGGCCUUUGAGGACCCUGAGCCCUUCAGACCACCAGUGGUGAUGGGGAGGAGGAGAGGAGUCAUAGAGGAGGAGGAUGAGGAGGUGAAGAGGAGUCGGGGAGGAGCAGGAGGACAUGAAAAGGUUGAGUGCACCCUGAGGAGACCUAGUUCACAGCUCUAGAGCAGCUAACAGCCGCAGUGAGCGGGAGAGUGAGAAGGGCAGGCGGCUCCUGUCUAAAAUAAAACCCGUUUUUAUGGAGAAGGUAAAGAGGCAGACCUCAUGUAACACAUCCCAUGAUUCCAAAGGGCUUAUUUGAGGAUGAAUAAAAGUAUAUUUUCUGCGUUCUUACAAAAGGAGGUUCUCCCUGGCUGGUUGUGGGGGAUGUUGAUGUGCACAAGGCUAUCAGUUUCUGGCAGGCGUAGAUGUUCACCGUUCACCGUGGAUAUCUAUAAUAGUUUCCUCUCCACACCACCACCACUCUUAAGCUUCUCUUCUGGUGUGAUGACACAGAAGAAAUGAAUCACAAGCAUCCUAGGUGUCUUGGAGAGACUUUUCUGGCUGACAGAAGGAAAAGUGUUAUGCAAAUUAUUUUUUAGAUCAAUUUUGAUUGUUUGCUUUGCCCCUCGCUCUGAGUGUAGCUCUGUUGUUGUGACGCAGAAUGCGACCAAACCUGCGGCGUGUUUGGAAGUGUUGUCGUGGGAACGCUCUCUGCUUAGCUUGACAGAAGUAGAGUUGACAGUUCAAGCAGACAUGCCUUACUGUUUUUUAAAAGACUUCAAUGGAUUGCUCAUUUGGCUUUUGUUACUCAUUCUUGUACACAGAGAAUAAAGAGACAAGAAAAUAAAAGAUUUUAUAAAAAAACUAAAA